GUGACUGCCGCGGCUCCUGACCCGGAAUUAAAUCCUGGCCCCGCCCCCUCCGCCGGGUAUCUUUCGGCAACAGGCGUGGGUCACGCUCCCGUUCGUUCUCUUUCUGCCGCCAUCUUGGUUCCGCGUUCCCCGCACAAAAUGCCCGGUGAAGCCACAGAAACCGUCCCUGCUACAGAGCAGGAGUUGCCACAGCCACAGGCUGAGACAGGGUCUGGAACAGAAUCUGAUAGCGAUGAGUCAGUACCAGAGCUUGAGGAACAGGAUUCCACACAAGCAACCACACAACAAGCUCAGCUGGCGGCGGCAGCUGAAAUCGAUGAAGAGCCAGUCAGUAAAGCAAAACAGAGCCGGAGUGAAAAGAAGGCACGAAAGGCUAUGUCCAAACUGGGUCUUCGGCAGGUUACAGGGGUUACGAGAGUCACUAUCCGAAAAUCAAAGAACAUCCUCUUUGUCAUCACAAAGCCAGACGUCUACAAAAGCCCAGCAUCAGAUACCUACAUAGUUUUUGGAGAAGCAAAGAUUGAAGAUUUGUCUCAGCAAGCACAGCUAGCAGCUGCAGAAAAAUUCAAAGUUCAGGGUGAGGCGGUCUCAAACAUCCAGGAAAACACGCAAACUCCAACUGUACAAGAGGAGAGUGAAGAGGAAGAGGUUGACGAAACCGGUGUAGAAGUUAAAGACAUAGAAUUAGUCAUGUCACAAGCAAAUGUAUCAAGAGCAAAGGCAGUUCGAGCCCUGAAGAACAACAGUAAUGAUAUUGUAAAUGCUAUUAUGGAACUAACAAUGUAACCAUCUGGGGAAAAAAAAAAAACACUUUUAGGGACGGGUACUACAAGAGUAUCUGCAGCUGUGGUUUGAAAUUUGUACUGUUUCUAUCAAUAAAGUUAUGGCUUCUUGUUGGAUGAA